CUUUAACAAAAGAUAAACGAUAUAAGAAAUUUAACUAUAAAGAAGUAAAAAGAAUUGAUCCAAGAUUGUGAGAAUUUUUGAAGACUUGAGAACUUUCUAUAAUUAACUUCAAAAAUUUUUUAUCAUACAAUAAAUGAAACAUUAAUCUUACAAAGCGUUACAGAUGUUGAGGUGAGACGGUGAGGAUAGUGUGGCAGUCUCAGCAGUGUAGGGAUAAGUAGUCCCAGAAAUACUCAAGGAGUGGAAAGCUAGCUCUUCAUUUAUAAGAUUAACAGAAGACAAAUUACAGAUAAAUCAUGGCAUGUACAUCAAAGACAGCUGCUGGUGGCAGAAGGAACUUGCGAAAAGUCGAUUUAAAUAAAGUGGAAGAAUCUCAAGUAAAAGAGGCAUUUGAUUUAUUUGAUCCAGAUGGCACUGGAAAAAUUUCUUCCAACAAACUUAAACUAGUUUUUAAAGCUUUGGGAUAUGAUUUAUCGUUACAAGAGAUAAGGAAACUCGUAGCAGAAUUUACACCAGACUUUCCUAAUGAGAUAUCGUAUGAAGAUUUCUUAAAAAUAAUGUCUGUGAAAACGAUGAAUCAAGGAAUCAAAGAAGAAAUAUUACAGGCUUUUCGUCUUUUCGACGAUAACAAUACAGGGAAAAUAUCUUUUGAAAAUUUGAAGAGAGUUGCCAUAGAAUUAGGAGAAAAUGUCACUGAUGCUGUUCUACAAGAUAUGAUUGAUCAGGUGGAUGAUGAUGGUGAUGGCGAGAUAUCGCUGGAAGAGUUUUCAAAAAUCUAUCAAUAUAUGUCAUGUUGACUUCACCUUAAAUUAAAAUCAUAUCUGUGUUAAGAGUAAAUCUAUUAACAUAUGUCGUCUUAACUUUAUAUUGAAUUAAAAUUAUAUCAGAUAUCUUUAAAAAUUAA